AUGCAGAAACUCCAUCUGGGUCAUCCCCAUUCUCCGUCAAUGGAUACCACACCCUCUUCCACACCUUUCCGAGACCUUCCGGAAGCUUCUCCGAAGGCUUCUAAAAAGACAACACUCACCUCCUUCAUGACAGCCCCCUCCUUCAAAGAGGACACCUACUUCGUCUCCCACCUCAAACCGUCCGAGAGAAAGUCCCUCCAAGACCUCAGGGACAAACUCCUCGCCUCCUCGGACUCCUCGAACCCCCCUUCGAUGUGGGGCGUGCCACUGCUAGACGGCGGCGACAGAGGCGACAUGCUGCUCCUGAAGUUCCUCCGAGCGAGGGACUUCAGGGUACACGACGCCCUCAACAUGCUCCUCAAGUGCCUCGCGUGGAGGACCGAGUUCGGAGCUGACAACGUCGUGGAGGAGGAGCUGGGGUUCAAGGAGCUCGAAGGGGUUGUGGCGUACACUCAUUCGUACGAUAGAGAGGGGCACCCUGUGUGCUACAAUGCCUAUGGGGUGUUCAAGGAUAAGGAGAUGUAUGAGAGGGUGUUCGGGGAUGAUGAGAAGCUGAAGAGGUUCUUAAGGUGGAGGAUUCAGGUUCUGGAGAGAGGGGUGAAGAUGCUUCACUUCAAGCCUGGUGGGGUCAACUCGCUCAUUCAGGUCACUGACCUUAAGGACAUGCCCAAGAGAGAACUCAGGGUCGCUUCAAACCAGAUACUCUCUCUCUUCCAAGAUAACUAUCCUGAAAUGGUAGCUCGCAAGAUUUUCAUCAAUGUACCAUGGUACUUCAGCGUGUUGUAUUCAAUGUUCAGUCCGUUUCUGACCCAAAGGACUAAGAGCAAGUUUGUGAUCUCUAAGGAGGGAAAUGCUGCAGACACACUCUACAAAUUUAUAAGGCCCGAGAAUAUUCCUGUUCGGUAUGGUGGAUUGAGUCGACCCAGCGAUUUGGAGAAUGGUCCCCCAAAACCUGCUUCCGAGUUCACAGUUAAAGGGGGAGAGAAAGUGAACAUACAAAUAGAAGGAAUUGAGAGUGGUGCAAGUAUCACAUGGGAUAUUGUGGUGGGAGGCUGGGACUUGGAAUAUAGUGCUGAGUUUGUCCCAAAUGCACAAGGUAGCUACACCUUAGCAGUUGAUAAGGCAAGGAAGAUUGAGGCCACAGAAGAAGCAAUCCACAACUCUUUCACAUCAAAAGAGGCUGGCAAAAUGAUACUCUCUGUUGAUAACUCUGCCUCAAGGAAGAAAAAAGUUGCAGCUUAUCGCUAUUUUGUGCGGAAAUGCAACAACACACCAUCUUCAGAGCUUCAAUUAAGCCCCAAAUAA